AAUGCAUUCCUUUGAGCUCUUAUUGAUCUCUUCCUUACAUAGCCCCUGGCCUCAAACAUCUUAAACUUUUCAUGCAGAUGGAGUUGCAAAGAGAACUUAGAUUUGAGGAACCUGAGACUUUUCAGGGGAUGACUGAAGCUGAAAAUGUCGAGAGUAAAAUCUGUGUACAAAGGGUUGAAAGCUUAGGCAGGACAAGAGAACCACCCUGUAAAACAACCAUAGGCAAAACAAAGUCAUUAAGUGCCCAAUUCUUGGUCAACAUAGAUGACCUUGUUAACAAUGUUUCGGAUAACAUUCAGCGGCAGAGUCCCAAUUGCAAAGAUAGUGUAAUGGCUCCAUCUCCUGCAGAUCAUGAAGAAGAUCCAGACUCAUGCAGGUCAAAGAGAAUGCAAAUUGGGCCUUCCUUACCCAUAUAUCUCAAGUUCCAGGAUGUAAAAUACAAGGUUGCAGUAAGGAAUUUAAAAGGCUCAGAUAAGGAGAAGCACAUACUCCAUGGAACUACUGGUUCAGUUAAUCCUGGAGAAGUUCUUGCAAUAAUGGGACCAUCAGGAGGUGGUAAAACAACUCUGCUUAAUAUUCUCAGCGGCAGGAUCAAACUUGACAGUGGCAUCAUCGCUUACAAUGACCAACCAUUUAGCAAAUCACUCAAAAAGAGGAUCGGAUUUGUGAUGCAAGAUGAUGUAGUGUUCCCCCACCUGACAGUAAAUGAAACUCUGACAUAUACUGCUCUUCUCCGGCUUCCGAAUACCUUGACACCACAGCAAAAAAAAGAAAGAGCAUGGGAUGUUAUAUGUGAGCUUGGGCUGGAAAGGUGCCAAAACACAGUGAUUGGAGGGAAAUUUGUGAGAGGGGUUUCAGGUGGUGAGAGAAAAAGGGUGUGUAUUGGCAAUGAGAUCUUGCUGAAUCCGUCACUUCUGUUCUUGGAUGAACCAACGUCAGGCUUGGAUUCAACAACCGCUUUAAGAAUUGUGCAGAUGCUACGAGACAUAGCAAAGGGUGGCAAGACGGUGGCGACUACAAUACAUCAGCCCUCCGGUAGACUCUUCAGGGAGUUUGACAAACUCAUUUUGUUGGGUAGAGGGAAUUCUUUAUACUCGGGAAAAGCUUCGGAAGCCAUGCCAUAUUUCUCUUCAAUCGGUUGCUCUCCUCUUAUAGCCAUGAACCCAGCAGAAUUUCUCAUUGAUCUUGCAAAUGGGAACAUAAAUGACAAAACAUUUCCAUCAAAAUCACAGGCCAAGUUGCUACAUGGAACUGGAAACCAGAGUUAUCAAAAUGGAUGGCCCUCUCCAUCUGAUGUUCAUGAGUACCUUGUGGAGGCCUAUGAAGCUCGAGGAGCGAAAACCGAGAAGAGAAAGGUCUUAAAACUUGUGGAGGUAGAAGGUGAGAUGGAGAUGCAGGAGAAGUUAAAUUACAGGGAAAGUCAAGCAACUUGGUGGGAACAGUUCUCAAUUCUCUUGAGAAGAGGCCUUAGGGAAAGACGCCAUGAGUAUUUUAGCUGUAUGCGUGUGACACAAGUUAUUUCUACUGCUAUAAUCAUUGGCCUACUUUGGUGCCGUUCGAAUGCUUCAACUCCACAGCGACUUCAGGAUCAGGCGGGGCUGUUGUUCUUCAUUUCAGUGUUUUGGGGCUUCUUUCCUUUAUUUACAGCCAUUUUCACAUUCCCCCAAGAAAGAGCAAUGCUAUCUAAGGAAAGAUCUGUGGACAUGUACAAACUCAGUGCCUAUUUUUUAGCCAGAGACAUUAGUGAUCUUCCAUUGGAUCUCAUUCUGCCUAUUGUGUUCCUUGUGAUAGUCUAUCUUAUGGUUGGGUUGAAACUGAACUUCACCGCCUUUUCUCUGACAAUGCUCACAGUUUUCCUCAGUGUUAUAGCUUCUCAGGGUCUUGGACUAGUUAUGGGUGCAGCAUUCAUGGAUGUGAAGAAAGCAACAACAUUGGCAUCUAUUGUUGUUAUGACCUUUAUGCUUUCUGGUGGAUUCUUUAUCCAGAAUGUUCCAUAUUUUAUGACAUGGGUGCGCUACAUCUCUUUCAAUUAUCACUCAUACAGGCUUCUCCGGAAAAUCCAGUUCAGUUGCUCUGAUUCAGGUCCUUGUGAUUCUCCUUUAAUCAGAGAACUCAGACUCGAUCAAGGUGGCCUAGAAGUGGGAGCUCUGGUGGCCAUGAUGGUGGGGUAUCGGUUACUGGCUUACUUCCUUUUAAGGAGAAUGAAAUAAAAGACAGUGGCUUAGAUUACAGUAUAUUCGUUCAAUCAUCUGCAUAAGGUCAAGUUAUCUGUUUGAUAAAGACAACAAAUAAAAGAGAGACUGAUUUUCAUCCUCCUUAUUUUGUUGCUCA